AGACAAUGUUUGUUGCUCAAAGAUUAAUUUGUAUUUGUUUGGGUUUCCUCUUCAAUUCGUGAUGGUCGGGAAAACCCGUGAAGUUUGCAAAUACACAUGGAAAGAGGUUCGCUGUCACAAUACUGCCACGGAUUGCUGGGUUGUUAUCGAUGGAAAGGUUUACGAUGUUAGCAAAUGGCUAAAAUAUCAUCCCGGUGGAAUUUUGCCUCUCCUCUAUUCGGCAGGACAGGACUGCAGCCGGGUAUUCAAAGCUUUUCAUCCAUUCUCAUGGAUAAAGGAAAAACGAUUGCCGGCUUUUUACAUUGGCGACAUUUGCGAAGCGGAGAAACAAGACGAGAGAAAGAGUGUAAUCUCGAAGGAUCUUGAAGAAAUCCAUAGGCAAAUAAUGGAAGAAGGCGGUUACAAAACGUAUUAUGGAUUCUACGCAAGACACUUUAUUUUUCAUUUCUUGCUUCUUGGGUUGGUUAUAUACCUGUUGACAACAACGACAUCAUUGACAGCCUUGGUUUUUGCAGCAAUCAUUAUGGGAUUUUUCUUUCAACAAGUAGCAUUUAUUGGACACGAUGCUGGUCAUCAUCUUAUCACUCAUGAUUAUGAUACAGAUGAAAAGAUUGGGUUUUUUGUUGGUAAUAUACUCACUGGUAUAAGCAUUGGUUGGUGGAAACGAAGUCAUAACGCUCAUCAUGUUGUUACAAAUUCAGUGAACUGUGAUCCAGAUAUUCAACAUCUUCCCGUUUUUGCAAUCACUGAUAAGUUCUUUAAACCAGUCAUCUCCGCCUACCAUAGCAAGACUUUUUCAUUUGACCGUGUUUCAAAAUUUUUUGUGUCCAAUCAGCAUGUUUUAUACUACCUCAUUAUGGGUGUCGCAAGGUUUAACCUUUAUGUACAGAGCUUUCUCCACAUUUUCACGAAAUGCACAGGUAGAAAACUUAAACUUGAGUUGUUCACGCUCGCAGUGUUCUGGCUCUGGUUUUCUGCAUUGUGUUCCCUAAUCCCCAGCCUUCAUGAAAAGAUCAUUUUCAUUUUCGUUUCCCAUUUUAUUGCUGGCUUAUUACAUGUGCAGAUUACUAUCAGUCAUUUUGCAAUGGCGACCUAUUACGGUCUUCCUCAAAGCAAGUACGAAAGUGAUUCCUUCUUCAUCUCGCAGAUGGCAACGACUAUGAAUGUGGACUGUUAUCCCAUCAUGGACUUCUUUCAUGGUGGACUUCAGUUUCAGAUUGAACAUCAUCUUUUCCCAAGGGUAUCGCGACCAUAUUUACGUGUUUUAUCACAGAAAAUCCAAAAGUUGUGCCAGAAACACGAUGUGACUUACAUAUCACUCAAUUUUUACGAAGCUAAUAGGGAAGUUAUCGGCGCUCUAAAGGAGACCGCUCAGAAAGCUAAGUGUUUUUCAUCCUUUAUUUGGGAUGGAUUAAAUGCAGCUGGUUAAUCUGUCAAGUAUUGUAUUCAUUGAUUGGAUUAUUGAUUGGAUUAAGGUGUAAACGCACGUCUAGUGUUGAUUGUGUGAACUUUAGUAUUAGUUCAUAGCUUUAAUUUUAUUUGUUUUCAAUCUUCUUGUUUUGAGAAGAUUAGUAAUGAAAAGUGAUGAUAAAAAAUUAAAUGAAAAACGUCUUUAUGAAAUUGCUUGAAUGCUUUUUGUGUUGUUAUUUUGUCGUGUAGUUUCUCGUAGUUCAAGAAAAUUUAUCAUUACUUAUUAAAAGAUGAAAAGUAUUUAUUAGAGAAAGUAUUUUCUUUUUCAUCCGCGGUCAAAAACAUUUGCAUAGUUUAUACCGCGAUGUUUUCAUUUGCUUAGUUUCUAAAGAAUAAAGGUUUACAAAUAUAUUGAAACUCAUAAAUAUUUAAAAAUUUACACCAAUUUAGCAUUAGUCAUGUAAUAUCUAAUAAUUAAAUAUUUAUAUUGUUAUUAUAAAACUGGCAUGUAAUACCUUACAUAAUCGCGUGAAUAAAAUUAUCGUCUUUAACAAUUUA